AUGCAAACGCUUAAGCUGAAAUUCAGCUAUAAAGCAGAGUACUCGGGACUACAAAGUAACUUCCGCCACUUACAGCCCACCGUUAAUUCCCCGCAAUUAGCGGAAGCUGUCCUGCAGGCAGAUGGACAUCAACUGAUUCCGGAAGAGACACCAGACUGGAACGCUGUAGAGCUGGUGCUCAGCAGGGAGGCUAUAUUUCACUGCAACAUGCAUGACCUGGAUUUUGGCAGGGAUGGCAAGUUGGAUCCACUUUGUGGAGAAGCCAGAAAAGCAGUGUUAAAUGUUCACUGA